AUGGGCAAAGCGCGCCAGAGGCUUCAGCGGGGUCGUUCCGAAACAAGGGUUUCAGUGUGGUUCAUGCCGGACUUGGGCCAAGAUGCCCCACGCGGACGAACAUCCGGCCGAGCGGCUGCAUGGCGCGCAGGGGUGCCCACCCAAAGGGGGAGGCCCUUGAAGCCCGGAGAGGAAGGGACGAAACCCAUGCGAGAAAGUGUCCCAGAAGAAGUCAAAGUGAUGCAGAGCAUUGGACAGUCCACAGGCUACAAGUGGCAACUCUUGUGUGCGAAGGAGGGCAAAUGGGGCUGGAUCGAUGUGGAUACCAGCAACAUCGAUGAAGUCUUGAAGCAGGGCCCGAUCUUCGUGAAGUUCUUUGCUCCAUGGUGCUCGCAUUGCAAGAACAUGGCGAAGGAUUUCCACCGGGUCGCCCAAGAGGAAUUGCCGGAUGGUAUUCGCAUUGGCAGAGUCGAUUCGACCAAGAACCCUGCCCUCAACAAGCGCUUCGGCAUUUCUGGAUACCCGACGCUCCUUAUGCUCAGUGACGAGGGCAGAGACAUGAGGAGUUACUCGGGAGAUCGUUCUUUCCAGAGCCUCUUGGAGUUUGCCACCGGUGGGUGGAAAACGGCGCCGGUGCACGACCCAACCAAGCCGCGACCAAAGCCGUCCUAUAGCGAGCAGCUGAAGAGCCUUCCGUGGACAGUCAAAGCCGUGGGUCUUCUUUUCAUCGUUGGGUUGCCCUUGUCGAUCUUUGCCGCCUGCUACGAUGUCUACUCCGAGAAGAAACGUCGGGACGCAAGGCGAGCUGAGCGCAAGGCUGAAGCCGGCAAGACAGACUGA